GCAAACAAUUCAGACAAUAAAGAGACUGAACAGCAAGUGGUGACCAAAGAGGAGACGGCCAGCGAUUCAGUCGCCGCAGUGUCUGCAGAACCGGUGCCACAAAAUGUUGAACAAAAACCAGAAUCAGAAUCGGCGGCCACUGUUCCCGAACCCACACCUCAACCCAUAGAUGCCUCGCAAACAACUACAGCGGAAGUGACACAACCGGCACCCGAAGCACAGGAACAACAGUCAACGCCAGAGCCUGAGCCCACAGUUCCCGUACCCGCACCGCGACAGUCGAGUCCCACACCACAGGCACCACAAGAACAGCCGACUCCCGCACCCGAACAGCAGUCAACGCCCGCAUCAGAAGAGCCAACGCCAGCACCAGAACCAGUAGUUCCUUCAGCAGAAGCACCGGUUCCCGCGCCGCGAACAGCGAGUCCUCCCCCACCGGAACAGACAACUCAGGCGCCAGCGGAACCAACUUCUGCUCAGUCAACGGAUUCAACGCUACAACAGAUCAGUGAAACACCCGAACAAUCAGUCCCUCAACAACCGGAAGCCCAGCCGACAGAAACUGUGGCAUCGAUUCCACCGCCGGAACAAACAACUGAAGCUGAAGUCCAUGUCGUCUCAUCGCCUGAAAAUGUCUCACAAACGGAACAAAUAGCAGAACAACCGACGCCUCAAAGUGAACAACCCGUGGCGCCCGAAGCAGCGCCUGUCCAACAGUCAGAACAAUCAGUUCCCGCCACAGAACAAGUGGUCCCAUCGCCACCAGAAGUGGAGACAACAGAGACGGUAACAAACGAGACAAUAACCGAAACUCAAAUCCCACCGCAAGAGCAGCCGUCUGAACAGCCCGUGUCGGCCAACACAGAGACUCAACCGCAAGCAUCACAAGUGACAGAAACACCGGCAGAACAGCCGACCAUUCAAUCGGAAACACCAGAAGCCAAACCCGAAACACAGUCUGAACCACAACCGGCCCCUCAACCAGAGACACCGAUUGCGGCCGAAGUGACGGCAGAAGAGAAACCAAAAGAAGCUGAUAACGUAUCCGCCGCUCCGGAAGUGGCUCCAGAAGUUGCUCCAGAAGUGACUCCAGUCAUCGCCAGUGAAACUCAACCAAUAGUUCCCAUUUCGACAUAA